AUGCGGGGCGCGGCCCCAUCUCGCGCGGUCGAGGCCCCGGGCAAUUUUGAUUCUGCGGUGGCGCGACCUGCGGCGGACAUCUCUCCCGAGGAGGACAUCGUCGAGGCGCGCUGGAGCGCUGGCGACUUCAUCGGUGGAGGGCCCCUCGAUCCCGUGGUUCGUCUACCCUAUGGCGUCGUGGCCGAGCUGCGGGCGGCCGCUGGGCUGGUCUUCCUGGGGGAGGUUGACCGCUGCCGAGUGCCCGCCGACGUCGCCUUCGUCACCGACAGCUCGCUCAAGGGCCAUGCGGUCUGCCGGGCCUGCGUGCGACCUGAUGAGGUGCUGGAGGCCACUCGCUGGAAGGAGAGGCAGAGGUUCGUCGCUGCCGGGGCGCCUGUCGACCCUGAUGAUGCGAUCUCCGCGGGGCGGACCACGGGGCUCCUCGACGGCGGCGGUGAUUUUGACGUCGACUCACGGCCGCAGCUUCGCCGCGCAGUUGCGAGGCGUCGCCGCGUGGAGCUCGAGAUCGGCGCCCCCCCGGCGGCCCUCUCGGAGGAGCUGCUGGGCCCGCGGCGCUGGCGGCGCCGCGUCCCAGGCGAGUUCAACGCUGCCGACCUGGGCAGUCCGGCGGCGGACAGAGGAGAGCUGCUGCCCGCCCGCUACCGUCUGGUGCUCGCGGCGCCUCGGCCGGAGCCAGGGCCCAUCCUCUCCGCCGACGUGGUCGGCGGCGCCCGCGGCCCCGCGCCAGGGGCCUGGAUGGGCCCUCUCCACUUCCUGGCGGCCACGUUCUUCGGCGCCCGUCUCGGGGAGAGGCCCGCGAAGCGGGCCUCAGAUGUCUUGUGCCGAUCGUUCGCGGAGGUCCCCAAUGUGACCUCGCUCGCUUGGGUCUUCGGCGUUCUGUGGAGUCUUGGCUCAAGCGGGGCCUCGUCGAGCGGGUCCACAUCGAGCUCCCCCUGCGCGCGCUGGGAGCCCGCUGGCGGUCUGCGAGAGCCAGGACCUGCCGACCGCCUCCUGGUCGGCUUCACUCGGCAACUGUUGCUGGGUCGUUCGCUGCGCUGGGCGCGCCGGGCUUGCGCUCUGUCUGCCAGGGCCGCCGCCGCGUGGGGCUGCAGGGCAAGGUUCGGCAUCCUGUCCGAGCGCCGGCCCGAGGCCGGGCGCCGGCGGCCGCCGCGCGUGCCGCGCGCGGAGGCCGCGGCGACGCGGCAGCGGAGGGCGGCGUCGGCGGCUCGGGCCGACGCCCCGCUCGAGGGGCAGGGCCGGGCGCCGGGCGACCGCCUGCGGCUCGCGAGGCUGCGGCCAGCUACGCGUGGCGCCUACGCAGCUGCGGUGGCAGAGCUCGAGGGCUACGCCCCGUCGAUGGGGCUGCGGCUGGGCGCGGUCGACAGCGCUGACAACGCGGUCAACGUGUGCUGCGAGGCUCUUUUCUUCGCGGGCGAGCCCAUGUAUCUUGCCAAGACCGCCCUCUACGGACUGCGCGAGAUCCGCGGCCAGUCUGCCGCUCGCCCGCACUUUCUGAAGUCAAAGGACGCCCUGGGCGGCUGGGCGGUCAAGCGACCCGCGUCGACGAGGCUGCCGCCGCCCUCGGACGCCGCGCUGCUCUUAGUGAUGCAGGUCGCCGGCGGCUCGCUGCCCCAGGGCGAGCGCAUUUGGGCACGGCCCUGGUGGCCGCGCGACCCGCCCGAGAUGGAGAGCGGGGUCCGGGGCGAGGCAGCGGUGCCGGUGCCCCGGAGCCUGCUGCAGGAGCUGCUGGACGACGACUGCUGCCCGCUGCACCUGCGGCUGGGCAUCGCGCAGUCGCUGGCGGCAGCCCAGCGGGCGGCGCCUGCUGCGGCGGCCGCCGCUGGCGGCGCCCAGACGUGCCCCGGUGCCGCCGGGCUCGUGGGCCUCGGCGGCUAUUGCGUGGGGCUGGUGGCGGGGUGCCUGCACCUGCCAGAGGUGCUCGCGACACGCGCCUGCGGCCGCGAGCUCCUGCAGUGGGUCGCGCGGCGCGGGGCGGAGGGCGAGGGGCACGCCGCGUUCCGCCAGGUGCGGGACCGAAUGCGCGCGCGCCUCUGGAUGUGGAGGGUCGCGGCGCUCACCGGCGGCACCAGUGACGAGGGCAUGUUCGAGACGCGCGCGCGCAGCUUCGCCAACGGGGCGCUGCGCGCCCGCAUGCAGGCGGACCUGGAGGCGCUGAAGGCCCGCACGGAGGCUGAGGUCCAGCAGGUGCGGGAGUCCGUGGCGCACAUGCAGGAGCUCCGUCAGGAGGGACACAAAGCACAGACACAAUUGAUCGUCGCCCCCAAGGACAUGAUGGACAAAUGAAUAGUAUUACUUCUACUGAA